GUAAAAUUCGCUUCACUUUCUUUCAAAAGUACCGUACAGGAGUUCUUGAAACCGUCAUUUGUGAAGCUAUCCAGGAAGCAUGGCAACCACACCCAAUCCCACACUCAUAUAUUCUCCAAAAUCCUCGAUUCAGUUCACGAAGAUUCAAUUUUACAUUCACUCCAAACCCUUCAGAUCGUCGUCAUCCUCGAGGUCUGGUUCAUUCGCCGUCAAAUGUAGUAACCCCGUUACUGAUAAUGGUAGCGCCGACCAGAACAACAAUGGCGGGGGAUUGAAGAAUUUGCUGUCGGGUAUAGUCGACGACCGGGUAAACCAAUUGCUGAACAGCGAGGAAAAUAGAACUUUGUUAGAUGGAUUGGAUAAAGCUACACAGCGAGUUGAAUUGGCCAAGCAAGAACUUGCUCAGAUCGAAAAGCAGGAAAUAGAAAAUCAGAAGAUAAAAGAAUACAUCAAUCAACUCGAAUCCAGAGCUUCCGAGAUUGAGGAAUGCCAGAAGGAGUUAUCAGAAGCAAGAGCACUGGUUGAAGAAGCAGAACGCUCACUUGAAGGUGAAGUCGGAGAUAAAAAUCCUAUGAUGACAGAAACAGAAAGAGAAGCGAUGUACAAAAACAAAGAGAGAUUUGAAUCUGUAAAAGCUGCUUCUAUCUCCGCCAUAGUCGGCACCUUGGCAGGCUUGCCUAUUUCCUUAUCUCAGGCGACCGACGCAUCACAGUUAAUCCUUCCGUCAGUUAUUACUCUCAUCAGCUGUGCGUUAUUUGGUGUUACUUUCCGCUAUGCUGUUCGUCGUGACCUAGACAAUUUUCAGCUCAAAUCUGGAACGUCUGCAGCUUUUGGCUUUGUCAAAGGUCUUGCUACACUAGCAGGAGGACCACCAAUGGAGUUGGAAGCUGGUAGCAUAUUGUCGCAUACUUUCAGUGGUGCUGUUUUUGUAUCAGAAAAUCUUCUAAUCUUUCUGUUUGCUGGCGUUGGUUUGGAUUUCUGCAUUAAAUUGGGGAUUUUAAGUCCAUUUCCAAUUGAACCUUCAGUCCCUACCAUAAAAACGGAUUAAAGCAUCAAUUGUACGAGAAAACUUAUUAUAAAUACAACUUUUGUGAUGAAA